AUGCACGCCGCCCUGGCGGGGCCGCUGCUCGCCGCCCUCCUCGCCACCGCCCGCGCCCUCCCGCAGCCCCCGGACGGAGGACAGUGCCGGCCGCCCGGAUCGCAGACGGAGCUGAACUCCUUCCUGUGGACCAUUCGGCGCGAGCCCCCGGCCUACCUGUUUGGCACCAUCCACGUGCCGUACACCCGCGUGUGGGACUUCAUCCCGGACAACUCCAAGGCAGCCUUCCAGGCCAGCGCCCGCGUCUACUUUGAGCUGGACCUGACAGACCCCUACACUGUCUCGGCGCUGGCCAGCUGCCAGCUUCUCCCGCACGGCGAGAACCUGCAGGACGUGCUGCCGCAGGACCUCUACUGGCGCCUGAAGCGCCACCUGGACUACGUGAAGCUGAUGAUGCCCUCGUGGAUGACGCCAGCGCAGCGGGGCAAGGGGCUCUAUGCCGACUACCUGUUCAACGCCAUCGCGGGCAACUGGGAGCGCAAGAGGCCCGUGUGGGUGAUGCUCAUGGUGAACUCGCUCACGGAGACGGACGUGCGCUCCCGAGGCGUGCCUGUGCUGGAUCUCUACCUGGCCCAGCAGGCCGAGAAGAUGAAGAAGAGCACCGGGGCCGUGGAGCGGGUGGAGGAGCAGUGCCACCCGCUUAAUGGUCUCAACUUCUCCCAGGUGCUGUUUGCCCUGAACCAGACUCUGCUGCAGCAUGAGAGCGUGCGGGCAGGGAGCCUGCAGGCGCCCUACACCACGGAGGACCUCAUCAAGCACUACAACUGCGGGGAUCUCAACGCUGUCAUCUUCAACCAUGACACAUCCCAGCUGCCCAGCUUCAUCAACACCACCCUCCCGCCGCACGAGCAGGUGACAGCACAGGAGAUCGAUAGCUACUUCCGCCACGAGCUCAUCUACAAGAGGAAUGAGCGGAUGGGGAAGAGGGUCAUGGCUCUUCUGCAGGAGAACGAAGACAAGAUCUGCUUCUUUGCCUUCGGAGCAGGUCAUUUCCUGGGAAACAACACGGUCAUCGACGUCCUUCGGCAAGCAGGGCUGGAGGUGUUGCACACACCUGCGGGGCAGACCAUCCACAGCCCCGCCACCCGGAGCCCUGCGCCGCCCCCCGAGGGGACCUCGGCGAGCCCAGACCCAGCCACCCCUGCCGCCGUCGCUGUCCCCGCAGCGCCCUCAGCCGCCCCCACCGCCCCGCCUGAGGAGGAAGACCCGGCCCUGUCCCCACACCUCCUGCUCCCCGACAGCCUCAGCCAGCUGGAGGAGUUUGGGCGGCAGAAAAAGUGGCACAAGAGGCAGAACAAGCAGCAGCGGCCACGGCAGUUCAAUGACCUGUGGGUCCGCCUCGAGGACAGCACGGCCGCCUCACCGCCCCCGCCGCCCCUGCAGCCUACGCACAGCUCCGGGACAGCAGGGCCCCCCUUGCAGCCCUCAGAGCGGCUUCAGCAGCGGGAAGAGCCAGGCCCCACCAGCAGCUCUGCGCCCCGCCGCCCACAGCCCACCCUGGGCCUCCUCCCCGCCAUCCUGGCCAGCGUUGCAGCCCCCCUCCUGCGGCACGCCCUUGGGCCCUCCUGA